AUGAUCGCUAACGAUUGGUUAAAAACCAAAAACGACAAAGAGUUGCGUGUUAUGAUGAAACACGCGCAGAAUGCUCGCGCCAUCAUUAUGUUCGGAUAUGUUCUCAUGAUCGUAGGCUUCUUUCUACUAGCGAUUUUACCUUGUUUUGGGAAAUCAAUGAGAUAUAUCACAAAUGUCACUGAUCCAGACAAAGUUUUGCCAUUGCAAACUUACUAUUUGUUCAACAAAGAUCAAAGUCCGUACUUUGAAGUUACAUUUAUAGCACAGAGCCUCAUGGUCUUAGUAGCUGGUGCAUCUUACAGCGGUGUUGAUAACUUACUUGGAUUAUUGGUAUUUCAUUUAUGCGGUCAGAUGGAAAAUCUUAGAGAACGGUUGAUGAACAUGAGGCAUAAAACUUUUAAUAGUGGUCUUACUUUCAUUGUUAAGGAUCAUAUACGACUAAUCAAGUUUCGUGUCAAUUUUUGA